AUGUCCUCGGCGUCACCUCCGGUCUCCGUGCAUUUGUCCCCACCCUGUGUCUUACGCUCCUGGGACUGUGUCCCAUCUCCCUACCCCUGCGUGCCGAGUUCCAAAACCCCGCAUCACGCGUCCCGUGUCCCACCUCCCGAGCUCCCGACCCCGCGCCCCUCCAUCCCGCCGCGUCCCCCGUCGCCUUCCGCCGUUCCGCCGCGCCCCCGCCUCGUCCCUCCCCGGCCCCGCCGCCCCGCCCCGGCCCCCGCCGCCGCCGGGACCAGCCUCCAGCGCCGCCCGCCCGGACGCGGCUGCCGCCGGCGGGACGAAGAGCCUGGCCGGUCGCACCAUGAGCAACCUCCCGCCGACCGGGAGGGCGGCCCCGCCGACACCGGCCUGCCCGAGGAGGAGGUGAGGACACUCUUUGUCAGCGGGUUACCUCUGGACAUUAAGCCCCGGGAACUUUACCUGCUCUUCAGACCCUUUAAGGGGUACGAGGGGUCUCUCAUCAAACUCACCUCCAAACAGCCCGUGGGCUUUGUCAGCUUUGACAGCCGCUCCGAGGCAGAGGCGGCGAAGAACGCACUGAACGGCAUCCGCUUCGACCCCGAGAUCCCCCAGACGCUGCGGCUGGAGUUCGCCAAGGCCAACACCAAGAUGGCCAAGAGCAAGCUGGUGGGCACCCCAAAUCCCAGCACCCCCCUCCCCACCGCCGUACCUCAGUUCAUCGCCCGGGAGCCCUAUGAGCUCACAGUGCCUGCACUUUACCCCAGUAGCCCUGAAGUGUGGGGGCCGUACCCUCUGUACCCAGCGGAAUUAGCACCUGCUCUACCUCCUCCUGCUUUCACCUAUCCCGCUUCACUGCACGCCCAGAUGCGCUGGCUCCCUCCUUCCGAGGCUGGUUCUCAGGGCUGGAAGUCCCGUCAGUUCUGCUGAAUGCCGGGUCUCAGGUGUGUGAUGGUGGCCUACAGUCAGUCUUGUGGGUAUUAGUGGAGUCUUCCAAGGCGGCUACUGGGGUGACGUGCUCUCCGCCGGACCACAGUGUGCUGGCUUGAAAAAAAAACCUCACACGAGUUUGGAUUCCUCCAAGACUUUCCCACAGCCUCUAUCACACAUCUGCUCUCCUAGAAGAAAAAAAAGAAGAACAUUACCUAGUAAUAAUAUUUUCCUCUUUUACACUGUAUAUUUGUAAGGAAGAGUGUGUUGCUCCUGAAAGCAUGGUUUGACAGGCAUUGUUGUAGUGUUUGAACUUUUCAAACAGAACCAUAAGAAAGCAGACUACAAAAAAAAAAAAAAAGAAAGAAAAAACAACAAAAAAUGGAAAAAAGAGCAAAAUGAGAGCAAAGUAUUUUUGUACCAAAGCUCCUCAACAGGACAAUCUUACACCGGGUCGGACCACAGGUUUUGCGCUUGACUUUGGAAGGCGUGUAAUUAAGAGUCUUAUUAUCCCCCUGGCCCUGUCAGCUGCAUGUCGAAGGCACGAUGUUCACGUGUGUGCGGAUGUCGAGACACACCAUGUGGGUUCGUAGGAAUUGUGCUCCCUCCGGCACAGGAACUGUGCUCCGGCCGCGUCGGCGGGACGUCUGCGGACACUACAGUAUUACUGUCCUCUUCCCAGUUGUACCAAAUGACAACCAGGCAGGACAAUCAGGAACUUUCUUCUUCCGGUGUUUUUUGUACCUUAGGGCUGUGUUCGUAGCUGCUGUGCAAAGCUUCCGCGGGGUGCAACGGCUCGGAUCAGGGAUGGGCACACGGCCCGCACAUGUAGCAAGGUGACAAUUUGCCUCCUCCUCCUCCUCCUCCUCCUGCCAUGGCUGCUUCAAGCUGUUACAGGCAACGUAAACUGCUGUAUGAGAAAAACUCCUGCUACGCCGAAGCGCUGGACUGGGGUUUUAGCACCGAGGUUAUGCUGGUCUGGCUGCUCGCUGCGUGGCAUUCCCACGUUUCCAUGUGCAAAGACAAGAAGGGAAGCUGCCAACGCCCUUUAUGGAGGUAGUGUACCAGCAGAGACUGCUUGACGUACUAGUUGCUCCUUCUCCUUGCCCCAGGAGGAAUUUGGAAAAAGAAAAGAACAGAGCAAACCAACCCAAAACCUCAAAUCAGGUCUCAGUUUCCUGCAAAGGGAGGUGCAAAACUCCUCCUUCCAUUGCCUUCCCCGUCCUCAUUCCAGCUGCAAGGAACACUGAGCUCAGCCGCUGCCCAGGCCUCACUGUAGCCGGUUUCCCAGCUGUCCGUGGCCUCAUUCAGCAUCAUCACCUUUUCCUUCCUCCUUCCUCUUGUCCUGCGGGUGGGCCAAAACAAGACAGCUGAGGUUUCGGCUGUUGGGGUGGGGCAGGGUGAUGAGAAAAUGGGAUUUUUCGUGCUGGGAAACCGUCCCGUUGGAGUCUUCUGUAAAAAACGGGACUGAUAAAAGUGAUGUGAGAAGAAAUCAAAUCCAAGACAAACCUCAGAGCGGCUCUAAAAGGAACGAUACCGGCGUUCCCAAGUGACAGACUAACUCUUUUAGCAAACUAUUUCCUGUACUUUGUGUUGUGGAGAGGAGAGAAGCUUCCACAUUGUCUACUCCGCUUUUGGAAAUAUGUUUAAAGGUACUUUUCUAUUGUAAUUUUCUAAAAAUAAAACCGGUGAUUAUUAUAAGUUAC